AUGGCCGCGCUGGAAGAGAACUCUCACCUCCUGCAGCCUCCGAUCAACAACUAUUGUGUCUACCACCCUUCCUCGCCCGCCACCGGCGGACUCACCGUCAUGGUUGUCGGUGGCCCCAAUGCGCGGACCGACUACCACAUCAACACCACCCCGGAGUUCUUCUACCAGCACAAAGGAUCCAUGCUUCUAAAGACGAUGGACACAUCUACGACACCUCAUACCCCCGUCGACAUCCCCAUACACGAGAAUUCCUUGUACCUUCUUCCUGCCAAUACCCCUCAUAACCCAGUGCGGUUCGCUGAUACAGUCGGCAUUGUGCUCGAACAGCCACGGCCAGCUGACUCCGUGGAUACGCUGCGCUGGUACUGCAAGAACUGCAACAGCAUCGUACACGAGGCGAGUUUCCAUCUCACAGACCUGGGCACUCAGAUCAAAGAGGGUGUUCUCGCGUUCGAGAAUGACAUGGACGCCAGGACAUGUAAGAACUGCGGGACGGUCGCAACAUCGAGACCGGCAGAGGGCGAAAUACAACAGCCGCCGAGAUAUCCUGAGUAA